AUGGAUGUGACUAGAAAGCUGGCUGAGACGGGUUGCUGGGGUUGUAUAACUGUGCCUAGAGGGCGGGGUUCCUGUACAUUCCUACUUCACCAGAUAACCUGCCCCCAACACCACUCCAGCUUCUGCCAGACAGAUGGAACUCUCCAACGUGAAAAUCUGCGCAGCCAUUCCAACAAGCGGGACUCCGCCUGGUGUUGGCCGAAGGAUGCCGAAGAAAAAGCUUUAAGGACUGGGACGCUCUUACCCCCAAGAUUGAACGAAAGGGCCUUGGGAGAUGGAAAGGGAAUUAAUCUCUUCACCUCAGUGAGUUUUCCUGAAACUACUUGUCCUCAGCUUCCGCGACGUGAGAGGUGGAGCCUCACAGUCCGGCAGCUGCAGGCAGAAGCCCUUGAAGUUAACACAGCGACAUAGGCUUUUAAGACCAAGCACUCUUGGCAUUCUUUCGAGAUUGAGAUUCCAGAGCAUCGGAUGAACAGGAUUUAUAUAGCUAAAGCGUGCUCACCCACCCCUCCCUCCGUCCUUUUACGCACGCACCAGCUCGUCCUCACGUGCACGGGGUAGUGGACAGUGUUGACUUGAAUUGCUCUCGCUUGCUCCAAGCCUUUCCUGUGAAUGAACCCGAAAACACUCGACAGGUCGUGAAUAAUCGUUUUAAUGAGUGUGCAAAGCGUGCGAUGGAGUGCACCGAGCUGUCGGGUUAAACAAACAACUUGUACCCUGACCAAAUCCGAUUGUUAAAGUGCAAAGUGAUGUCAGUACCAUUUCCAUUGCCCUUCGGAAAACCACAGAUCUGACACGCGGGAGUCCAAUUUUCCCCAUUAAAGAAAAAUAACAAUA